UUCCCUGCGCUCCGUCAAAUAGCUCUGCGUCGUCUCUCCCCUUCAUUCUCGUCUCCGAAGUCGCCUGAUCGUCUGCUCCUCGUUCCUUCCUUCCCUUCCUCCUCAUCUACUGCCGCGGUAGCGACGCCGAUGUCCUUCGUCGGUGCCCACGGCGGCAGCGCCGCCCGCCAGCACUACUACUGCCACCAGUGCGACCGCACCGUAGCCCUUGUCCCCAACGCCGCGGAGAUCUCUUGCCCGAUCUGCCACGGCGGCUUCCUUGAAGAGGUCGAGCCUCCUAAUCCGAACCCUAACCCUAAUCCUUUCUUCCCCUUCGCCCCCUCCUCCGAUGCCUUUUUCCUCUCUCCCUCUCUCCCAUUCUUCUUAUCCUCUUCCUCCUCAUCUUCCCCCGCCGCCACUAGCUUCGACCUCCGGAACCCUGGAGAUCUCGCCGGCCUCCUCGGUCCUGACCUCGUCGUUACCCGCUCGGGCCCUGUCGCCCCCUCAGCGGCCCACGGCGCCGCUCCUUUCAAUCCGAUGGUCUUCCUACAAGAUUACUUCCAACAGUUGCUCUCUGGCGGUGCCAACAUCCAGGUUGUAAUCGAGGGUGGCCCUUCCGGUGGCAUAGGCAACCUUGGCGAUUACUUCAUCGGCCCCGGCCUUGAGCAGCUCAUCCAGCAGCUUGCUGAGAACGAUCCCAAUCGCUAUGGCACCCCACCGGCGGCAAAAUCUGCCAUCACUGGCCUUCCGGACAUUAAGAUAAGCGUUGAAUUGCUUGCUUCUGAUGAAGCACAGUGCUCUGUUUGUAUGGAGACUUUCAAGUUGGGGGAUGAGGCUAAGCAGAUGCCUUGCAAACAUAUCUUUCACAAGGAUUGCAUCUUACCAUGGCUUGAAUUGCAUAAUUCCUGUCCAGUUUGCCGCCAUGAGCUGCCAACUGAUGAUCCCGACUAUGAGCAACGUAGAGGGGCACCAGCUGCCCUUUCAGCGCGUCCAACAGCUGGAAUAAGGGAUCCUGUUAGCGUUGGUGGGUCAGCUGGAGCUUUUGCUGAGGGAGGUGCUCCUAGCCCAAGAACGGUUGAGAGGAGGUUUAGGAUUUCACUACCAUGGCCAUUUAGGAUUUUUGGGGCACAAACUGAAGGUAGCGAUGCUGCUGCUGGUGGGAAUGAUGGUAAUGCUGGAGGCAAUGGCACUGAUGCAAAUUCUGGCCGGCAAGGAGAUGGGCGGUCAGAAACUCGGCAAGAAGAUUUGGAUUGAGAGAAAUCAGAAUCACAGUUUCUUGUUAUUGGAGGAACUUCCAAGCCACAUUCUCCAAGAUACAGUCGAAUACCCACAUGUUCGAAAAUUUCCAGUCUACUGUAAGAGAUUUUAGAUAUUGAGACUUUGUUUAGAAUAAUCACUUGUCAUUUGGUUCAUUUUGUUGUGUGGAUGAUGCUGUAAGCAGUUGGGGGAUUGAUUUGUAUGCUCCAAUGACCCAGACAUGGGGUCAAAAGACGUGAGUCAUGCAUAAUCGCUCAGAAUGAUCCAUGUUCUUUUGUGGUCAGAUCUCAUACCUUACUGGAUUUAUUUGUGUCCAUAUUUCGUCAUAUUGCA